CCCUCCCCUGCGCCCCGAUGUCACACUCCCCAGCGGCACAGUUCUUAUCCACUCCCCACUAAGAGAGAGCAAAGGGGCUCGCUAGGCCGAGUGACUUUAACGAUAGAUAAAUACAUAAAUAAAUGGCAUAAUUGGUCACCAAAAAUGAUGAAGCUAGCGACUACUGCCAGUGACUGGGAUUCCAUCUUGCACUCUGCAGGAAAACUCUGAAGAUUGUGUCGUUCAGUGCGACGGCAGAUAUGGUCUCUUCCAGGCUUGGCCAAUUUUCCUGGAUCUAGGAGCCAGCCCAAACAUUUAGGAGCCAGGCUACAGACACUUGACAAAAUUGCCAGACUUAGCGAUGGACGUUAUGGCGGGUGCGUGGGGGAGGUAAAUGGACUUCUCUUGGUCAAAAAGAGGACUGCCUGGGCGAAAUAACAUUUUUUAUCAAAUAACUCUACCUCUGGAUAUCCUAGUCUGGGUGCCACAGUUAAAUCCCCAGGCGCCUGGGAUUUCUCAAGCCCUGGUCUGUUCACGAUAUACCACUUUCCUCACAGUUCUAGAGACCAAGAACCCUAGCCCAUGCUGACCUCCCAGAUUGGGGCUCGGAACCAAAGAAAGCCUUGCUCCUGCCAUCUCUCAUUCUCCGUGGCCGUUGGUGAACAUCUGCGGUUCCCCCAAAGGAUCCUAGAUAAGCCAUGCCCACUCUUACAGUCUUAGAUUUAUCGCAGGGGUUAAGCUGGAUCUGAACUGACGUGUGGACACAUCAACAUUAAGAGCAUAGUUACCUAGGAAGCUGCCAUAUACUGAGUCAGAUCCUUGAUCCAUCUCGCUCAGUUUUCUCUACACAGACUGGCAGCGGCUUCUCCAAGGUUGCAGGCAGAAGUCUGUCUCGGCCAUAUCUGGAGAUGCCAGGAAGGGAACUUGGAACCUAGAUGCUAGAACUUGGAACCUAGAGCGGCUCCAUCCCCUGAGGGGAAGAGCUUACAGUGCUCACACAUAUUGUCUCCCAUUCAAAAGCAAACCAGGAUGGAGCCUGCUUAGCAAAGGGGACAGUUCAUGCCCACUACCACACGACCAGCUCUCCUCCAUUAGUUCCAAACUGUUCUUGGCUUUUGCAAAGAGCCCUGGGGAUUGUAGUUCUGUGCAGGUGCUGAGACGCCUCUCUCAGAAGAUCCUUAGACUUCUCCUUCUCCCCCCAUCCAAAACAGCCCUUUAACAGUGUGCGGAAUUCUUUGGGCGAAAAAUACGACCACAUUUACCCUAAUAAACGUCAGUCAUGCAGACAUGGCUGUUGGAUGCCUUCGUGGACUGGCAGUGUCAGGGUGCACGCUGUGCACCUCCAGCCUGCCGCCGGAGGACAGUCCAGGAAAGAAAGGCCCGUGUGCUUCUCCAUUUAUCCCAUUAAAUGGGUCGCAGAGGAAGAAGGCAGGUGUUGUUCAUUGCUGGGCCUUCUCAAGCCACUGAUAAAAUCUUCCCACUCCCUCCUUGAGGUCUACUAAAGGAGGGAGGCCUCCUAUCUAGAGCAGAGGUUCUCAAACGUGGCUCCGCAGAUGUUCUUGAACUACAACUCCCAUCGUCCACAGCCUUCAGCCAUCGUGGUGGAAGGGUGAUGGGAGUUGUAGUCCAGCCACAUCUGGGGACCCAGGCUUGAGAACCCUCGCAGUGGAGGCUUCUGUGCAGGCAUCGCAGCUGAAUACUUGCAGCCGGCAAUCUCUCUGUGCCCGUUCUCACUCGGAAGUGCCAUAUGCACCGUCCCAGCAUAACCUGCAAGUGAUUUCUAUUGGCUGCAUCGGCAUGCACGCCAGACAAGCUCAUAAUUUCCGUAUUUUACCUGACUGGGGCACAAUUUAUACAUUUCGAGAGCUACAAUGCUGUCUGACCCCCAGUAGUGGGAUUUGCCACUCUUGGUAAGCAUCCAGAGAUAACGGGAUAUGCCGGACUUCCAUUGCUUCCUUGUUACUAACAGGAUUGCACUCAAUAAUAAUGAAGCAACCCCUGAGUUGCGAGAGUAAUCCAGAAGCGAAAAGGGGGACCCAAUUCACUCUGCACCAAAUCUCCAUAUUCUCCCGUCCUGUUCCCUCGAGCAUCACAAGUCUGAGGAAAUGAGCCGGUAAGUCUAGAAAUGUAACUCCAAACCAGAAAUGUUGGCAUUCCCAUUGGGGAUGGGAAUCAUCAUCAUCAAUUUCAUUACAGCCAUUGGCCAGCAAAAAUAGAAGUAACAAAUAUGUCCAACACAACAAUCAAUAAACAAUGCUAAAACACAAUAAAAGAAAAUACAAUCACUCACAAUAAAUUACUGAAAAACAAGGGGAGGGGAAUCGUAGCUCCAUGGCAUAGUAUCUCUGCUUUGCAUGCAGAAGGUCCCAGGUUCAAUCUCCCGGGAAAGGCUUGCCUGAAACCCUAGAGAGCUGCUGCCAGCCAGAGUCGGCCAUGCUGCGCGAGAUAGACCAGUGAUCUGACGCUGUAUAAGGCAGCUUCCGAUCAAAAAAUGUUGGGGCAGGAUUCACGAGCUACAACCAAGUCACACACACACACCCAACAAUGGUUCUUUUGCUGUUCUUGCAACCAAAUUGGCUAGUGGCAGAUUAAGGGGGGGACUCCUAAUCUUGACUUGAUGGCACAGUCCAAAAUGCAGGCCCAAAUCCAGCUUGCAACGGAUAUGUCACCAACCCCAGCCUCCCGGCAGGAACUGCACAUGGACACAAGGAGCUGCUGCAUACAGACGGAGUCAGGCCACUGGGCCAGCUAGCUGAACAUCACCCGCCUUGACCAGGGGUGGUUCUCUAGUAGAUUGCGCGGAGCGGGUGGCAAUUCUGUGUUUGCUUGCCUGCUGAAUAGCUUCUGGGACCAGAUACAGAUGGGGACCAUGGUGGGGGUGUUAACCUUCUGCCCCCAGUGCAAUUCAGAUCUAGAUUAGCACCCUCUCCCACCGGCCAGCUGCUCUUUGCUGCAGGAAAGAAGCCCCCAUUCUCAGUAGGCGCUUCCCUCCAACGUCAAAUGGUGACCACAGCGGGGGAGCAAUUGGGGACAUGGCGGAGGCAAAGGCUGGAAGCUCCCCUUCCUCCAUGGCGCUGUCCUGAUUUAAAUGGACCCCACCCAGGGGUGUCGCUCUAAUUGUGCGAGUGGGUCGGAAGAACCCAGAUCUCCACCCCUCCCUAUUUUCUUUAUUACGUCCCUCACUCCAAGGGGCUGCUCUGGAAAGGGGUGGCCACGGGCCCCCCACUCCCCUAGAUACGCCCCUGAUCCCACCACCCACCCAGGCCUGCAGCAAGGGGGCAGGUGCCAAGCACGUGCUUCAUGACUGCAUGUACAGUUUAGGCCUGAGAUCCUUUAACUGGAGACGUCAGGUUCAGAUCCGGGAUGUCCUGCCUGCCUUCUACCGAGUCAGACUGCUGGUCCAUCUAGCUCAGUUGUCUACACCAGGGGUUCCCGACCUGCGGUGGUCCUCCAGAUGUUGCUGAACCAUAGCUGGGGGUGGUGGGCAUUGUAGUUCAGCAACAUCUGGAGGACCACCGCAGGUCAGGAACCCCUGGUCUACCUUGACUGGCAGUGGCUCUCCAGGGCAAGAGUCCUUCUAUACCGCUCUUCAACCAGAGUUCUCAAAGCAGCUUACAUCGAGAAAUAAAUAAUGCAUGGGUAAGAUGGCUCCUGUCCCGCAAAGGGCUCGCAAUCUAAAAAAGGAACAUAAGAUAGACACCAGCAGCAGCUACUGGAGUGAUGUUGUGCUGGGGAUGGAGAGGGCCAGUUGCUCCCCCCUGCUACAUAUAAGAAUCGCCAUAUCAAAAGGUGGUGAUCUCUUUGCUGAGCAGGGGUGACUGUCCUGUUGAUAGAACUGGCCCUAUGUAUCAGACCCACCCAUUCACACACACACACCACUCCCGAGGUUCGUAACUCAAGUAUACAUCUCUGCUGGGUAGCAGUCUAAAGCCCUAAUCUCCCCUAGACAGACUGCAGGCCACAUCCAGCCUCUAAAGUAUCUUGAUAAGCAUCUACUUUAUGCUGGGUCACUCUCCUGGAACAUCGCUCUGUGACUGAGCAUGCUCUUUGUUAUGCACAGAAGGCCCCAGUUGCAAUAGAAGGUCCUAGUAAAGCUCUGGCCAGCUCAUCGAACUUCUUCCUCUUCCCUUCCCACUUCUGUUCCCGCCAGCAGGUUUUGUGCUGGUGCCCCGGUAAUCCGUGUUUCCUUCAGAGACCAUCUAGUCACAUGCAAGGGGGCUUGUGUGGCCUGCGAAGGAAAUAUGACUGCUGGAUGUGCUGGUGUUUAGAGGAAGCAGCAAGCACACGGGACAAAUUCUGGGCAAGAUCUUGAUUCAUCUUUCACUUGAAAAAAAAGACCACGCCUUCUGCUUUGUGGUUUUCAGAAGAACUGUUCUUGAAAUCAUUUGUGCUUUUAAAAAAAAAAACCCUCGAGGAAGUCUGGUAGGAUAGGAUCCUCCACCUGCCAUGUGUCCACACUGUGAACUCUUUGGAGCAGAGACUGCCUUUCACAUGUGCACGCCAAGGGAUAUGAAAGGUGUGAGCAGCUGUGGAGAUGACCUGGUCACCACAGCCUCAAUAUAAGGGCUGAUGUAGCUAAACCCCUCCAGGAAGGAUCCACCACCACCACCACCCCCGCGAUACCAUAUGUCUCUUUUCUCCUGAAGAAAAUGGAAGGAAUUGCCUCUUCCUUCCCCACCUGAGGGAGCAGGUUUGACCGGUGUCUCUGUGCCUUUAAGGCUUCUCACAGAGAGACACCAUCAAAUGGCUGAUCCCCCCUCUGUCUCGGCAGCUGGACAGGGUUCCCAUCUCCCCAUCCCACGCAAGAAAUAUUUGCACAGAACGACUCCAGGGGUUCAUGAGCAAAUUUUGGUCUUGUGUGGUUUUUUUUGGGGGGGGGGGGUUGGCUAUUGAAGAACAUGCUACUUUGCUCUCUGUUUUGGAUGUGUGUGUAUAUAUACCAUAUUUACCUGAAUAGAAGAUGACUCUGAAUGUAUGACAACCACCUUAGAGAAUAUCAAUAUUUGCCUGGAAGGAAGAGGACACUGAAUUUAAGGUGACGAUGACAAAUAUUUAUAGACUGCUUAAAAAUAAAUACAUUCCAAAGCGGUUUACAUAAAUUUAAAAAACUGGUUCCCUGUCCCCAAAGGGCUCACAAUCUAAAAGAGAAACAUAAGACAGACACCAGCGACAGACACUGGAGGGAUGUUGUGCUGGGGGUGGAUAGGGUCAGUUGCUCUACCCUUGCUAAAUAAAGAGAAUCACCACUGAGAUGAGCCCCAAUUGAUAACAUCAAAGAACUUGGGGGCGGGGGAGAGACUAGUCUUGGAUUCAAGUAAAUUCUGGGGAGAGAGAGAGAGAGAGAGAGAUGGCUGUUUUCCAAAUCGGAAAAAAAUAAAAUUAAAGUGAGCAAGAUUUGGCAGUGAGUCCCGUCCCUGCCCUGCUUCAUCCUGGCACAGGGGGUGCUCCUUGUGAUCCCAUAGCAAAAGUUGCCCAUGGCAGAGAAUACCCAGACAUGAGGCCCAUUCAUUGGUCAGCUGAGGCCACAUGGUUUGAGCCUUUGGAGGAUCAAGAGCAACCAACUGCUGGUCAUACCUUGGUCUGCUGCUGCUGCAAUUUAGGCGAUUUAUUUAUAUCCAGACCUUGGCUGAGAAUCUUUUUAGGCUAGAGGCUGGAUGCCUGCUGUGUAACGCCCACAGUCAUGACCUGGACACCACAGCCUCAAGGAGGAGGCUUUUCCAGAGGGUGGUUCUGGGUAGUGGUCUUGGGGCUGGGCAGCACUUUUGCUGCAGCAGGGAAGCAGGAAGGCCUUUUCCACGGGCAUCUUCCCCACACGUGUUUUUCCUGCCCAAGGCCAGCAGAGGGCAACAUCAUCACACUGCAGAGCUGCAUGGUAGGAGGAGCAGCCACCCAGAGGACAUUGCAGCAGUAAUGUCAGUGAAGAAUCACUGGGGCUGGGGUGUGAGGAUGGGUUGGAUAGUUGGCCUUAAGUUGCCUGUGAAUAUUCAUCAGCCUUUUCACACAAAAACGUUCCCAAGGCGAUGUGCAAGCAAUUAAUUACACCACUUAAAAACUGCAUAUUUCAAAAAUAUCAGAAUAAACCAUCCAAAAACAAAAGCAAGCCUUUGGCAUGUUUAAGAGGAACAGCAUCAUAUGGGAAGAGGAGCUUGGUCACUUUCCAUGUGUGACAUGAUGGGCACUAUCCAAUACGUGCUGCUCAGGCAGAACUUGAUUAUACAGGACAUUGCAAUGAAAAUAUGACCUCCCCUCUCCCUAGCUACAAAAUCUUGGCAUUUUAUUGCUGAGAAAAUGAAUUUCCCCACAAGGAAAUUGCCAUUGGAGGCGAGGGGGGGGGGCAGGAAUAAUUGGGAAACGCUGUCAGGACUAUCCCAUACUCAAGGGGUUCUCAAAUGGGCCCCCAAGUGUUGGACUACAACCCCUAUCAUCCCCUGCCAUAAUAGCCUUCCAUUGUGCCUGGGCAUGAUGGGAACUGUAUGUAGUCCAGCUGCAUCUGGAGGCCCAAGUUUGAGAACCCCUGCCAUUCAUUUGAAAGGGAAAUCUGAGGAUACUGUCUUUCAGAAGGUACCCAGGUUUCCCCUCAUGAGGCUAUAUUCUAUGCUGGAACCAUCAUUUGCACACCCUUUAAAUGCAGCCCGGGUUAAUCUAGGGUUGGUGCCUUUGGGAUGCAAGAAUUCUAGGGCUGAGUGCCUCUGAGCUUGCUCAGAAUUCCUUUCCUCCAAAGCUGAAGAGUCCUUUGAAAAAGGGCUUCCAGGCAAAUUGCCUCUGGGCAUGCACAGAGUGCCUUUCUUUUGUGCAUAUGAGCUGGGUGUUAAAGCAUUAUGCCUCAUCAUCUCCAUCAUCAAGCAUAAGAAAUGGGUCUAUCUUUGCCGUAAGCAAGGGGGGGGGAUAAACUAUUCCUGGGUUUCCCAGUAGUCUUUCAACACAAAAAGAAAGGAGUUAUUCCUAAGUGAUCGCCAUAGCACAUCAAGAGAACUGAGGAUUAGGACCAAAUAUGGACCGGGUGGUAAAACCUGAAAAUCUGGGGCUGAGAAUAUGAGAGCCCAGGGAGGAGCUUGCUUUGCUGGAUCUGUAUUCUCAUCCAUCCUCUUAUCGAUCAGGCUGCCGUGGGUAAGGGCACCGCCUGCCCUCACCCCCUCCCCAAUUUAAAGGACAUAUUCUCAGCUUCAAGCUGAGCUGUCUGGUUUCCAUGGCGACAGAGGUCUGAGGCCUACGGAUUCCCUCCUCUUUCCCAUUACACUGCUACACACACACACACUCCCCCCCCCCCCCCCCGCGCGCCUUCUGCCUGUCAUGAUGCCAAGGAAAACCAGCACCGUAUAGAGCUCAUCCUGCAAGCACAAUUCUGCACCCUCUCUCUUGGCCUCUUUGUUUCCACAAAUGGCCCUGAGGCUUUUAGGGGUGCACUUAAGACUUCUGACUGGUUUUGACGCCCAGGUGCAUUCUUAUGGUGCAGGACAGGCGUGAACAUUAAAAGCUCCUAAUGCAUAUGAUCCACAUCUCUCCUGCCUUUCUACUCCCCCAGGGGGUCUGAUAAAAUAAAAUUUAAAAAGGCUGUCCAAAAGAACAUCCAAUGAUACAGAUUUGGAGUUCAACCCUAACUCCGCAGGGUUCGAUGACAUGAAAACGGUACAGAGCCUGCUUUCAAAGUCUGUAACCGGCUUGUCGGCGAUUGUCUGAAUCCCCACCGAGGCGGAAACCUCAAAACAUAAAUCAACUCCUGUAGCUCUACAAAGGAUCAAAAGGAAUUCCGCAGGGAGAGUGGGCUUGAGCCAGCGUGGUGUAGUGGUUAGUGCUGGACUAGGACCAGGGCGACCCGAGUUCAAAUCCCCAUUCAGCCAUGAGACUUGCUGGGUGACUCUGGGCCAGUCACUUCUCUCUCAGCCUAACCGACUUCACAGGGUUGUUGUGAGGAGAAACUCAAGUAUGUAGUACACCGCUCUGCGCUCCUUGGAGAAAGAGCAGGAUAUAAAAUGUAGAAAAUAAAAUAAAAUAACUCUCACCCGGUUUCACACGUUCUGUUCAACACAAUCUGUAUACCCAUGUACAAAUCUGUACGCACAUACAGUUAUUCACACAUAUUCCACACGUGCAGGAUGGGACCCAUCCUCUGUGUACCAUGCAUUUGAGGAACUUGUACCCAGCUUCGCUUGUACAGGCCUGCGUGCAGUCAGUCACAGAAAUGCAGGUACAUAUGUUCAGCUCUGCCUGUACACAAUGCACCGCAUGGUGUCUGAACCGGGCUGUUCUGUCGAGUUCCCUAAUGACGUCACCGAAGGGUUCUUUAUGACAUCACCGAAGGGUUCUUUAUGACAUCACCGAAGGGUUCUUUAUGACAUCACUGAAGGGUUCUUCUCUCUUGAGUGUGGUUCUCCUCCCAGUGACUUCUGGCCCCUUUUCGGGACCCUUGAGCAAUGCCUUCAGGCCAUCCCCUGCUCCUCUGGCUGGCCUUCGCCUCCCAGGCAGCCGCUUGCCUGUACUGCUUCUCCACCCAUGCCCAGCGCCAUCGGGUUUGCCAGCACUUUUUGGGCCACCAGAGUCCCCAGCACGCAGCCUGCCUGAAGACCCUGCAGACGGCCUUUCAGCCGUACACCCAGAUCAAGGUGGGUGAGUGCCGUCCAAUUGAGCGCAGAGCCAGAACGGAGGCAGCGAGCAUCCACAACCCAGGAGUCCAGGAGGGUUACAGCCCCGCCCCUUUACUGACAAGCUCCACCCCCUGGGUCUCAGCCCUAACGGGGCCUUCACCAGCUGCCAUUCUCUCCUUUCCAGGUGUGUCCGAAUUAGAAAAAUUGAAGGAGACCUUUGGCAGGAUCAUCUUUUUCCUAGAAGAGAAAGGCCUGGCCAAGGUGUCGUAUCGUCUAGCCAUUCCAGACGCGGCACAACAGCUUAAAAAGGAGGUGGAGCAACUCAGCGCUGCUCCAGCCUGCAUCCCACCAUGUGGGUUCCAGGAAGAGGCUCGUCACUAUGUAUGCGCCUCUUGCAGAAUCGUGGAUUGCCCGCUGCCCAUCGAUUGCCCAAUCGUGGAUGUGCACAAAACUGAAGGGGAAGCUGUUCUUUUCAAGUGUACGGUGAACUUCACGCUUCCCUCGGACACCAUCCUCAAAUGGAGAUUUGCCAAGGAACUCCGGUCCCAAUACAUGUCCUUCUUCCAAGACUUGCACUCUGGGUUCAGUCCUUCCCUCCUCAUCCAACCCAUCCUGCAAUCCCGUCACGGCACCUAUGCCUGCCAGAUUUCUGCGGAAGACGAUGUCCUGGUCCGAAUGUUCUUCUACCUGAACGUGACUGCAAGGAAUCUUGGGCUGCAGAAGGACCUGCAGGAGAUGUUCCGGGUCAUCCUGAACCCGCCGCCAGGAAUGGAGCUGGAGGAGGUGGUGGAGGAGAACAACCUGCCCUCCCUGCAAGAGUUACUGUCCCAGCCGGACUACCUACACCAGAAAAAUGUCAUCUUCCUCAUCGUGGGGCUGGCCUUGGGGUCCAUGCUGGUCACUCUAGUCGCUCUGGUGCACGGCGGAUUAUCCGAGAUGAAAGAGGAGAUCGAAACGGGAGUCCGGUUCCUCUCCCGCCUCGUGAAACGAGACGAGAAGCUGGACAAGGAGCAGGUGCGGCGCUUUGGCGAGUGCCUGACCACGAUUCUGUGUGAACGCUUCAGUGAUCAUUGGUACCCCGAGAAUCCCCAGAAAGGACAGGCGUACAGGUGCAUCCGGAUCAACAGAAAGCAAAAAGUGGACGAUUCGCUCCUGAAAGCCUGUAAGGACUGUGGGCUGGAUUAUUCAAAGUUAUCACUGCCCCGGGAGAUCUCACUCUGGAUCGACCCAGGCGAGGUCUGUUGUAGGCUUGGUGAGAACAGUUAUCACUUCAAGGUAGUGAACGAGCCGGAGAGCAACAGCGGCAAAGCAACGCCAGAGAUGGAGACGUCGGAUUACCAUUCAGAAUCUCCCUCGGAGUGUUCAUCGGAGGACGAGGGGCCAGCCAAGCGUCUGGGGACCACACCAGUGCCAAGCAAAAGCCAGUCCAAGGGAAAUGACAACAAACAGGCUCCCCAGUAUUUCUACAUGCCGUCUCCUCUUUGGGUACCAUAUUCCCAGGUCAGCUACAUUCCGGCGUACCAACCCGUCACCGUCUACUAUGUCGACUACGCCUCCAAACCUCCGGUCGCCAGGAAACCCAACCCGAAUCUCUUGAAACGUCUCACCAAGCGGGCUUCGAAGGUGUGAGGGAGGGAGAAAGUGGGCAGAGCCACCAGGCCCUAGACUCGGGCCGCACAACUUUCACCUUCCUGCAGAUGUUGGCCUACAACUCCCAUAAUCCCUGGCUGUUGGCCACUGUGGCUGGUGGGAUUUGUAGUCCAAAAACAGCUGGGGGGCCUAAGUUGAGCAGGCCUGCUUAGACUGAGGGUCUCAAACUGUAGUCCUCUCAAAUGGCAGUUGGACUACAACACCCAUCAUUCUCAGUCACAGUUACCAGGGAUGAUGGGAAUUGUAGGCCAACAGCUGCCGGAGGGUCACUGUUUGAGACCCCUGCCCUACCCUCUGGGUAACCUGCUUUCCCUGGAGUUGGGCCUUAUUGAUGCUGAGAGUAAGGCUGUAAUUUUUCAGAACAAAAUGGCCUCCACAGACCCUUUGGGGGAGAAGCCUGCUGCUCGGAAUUAUCCUCCUAAACUGUACAUUGGGUGGGGAAUUCCUGGCAGCCGGUCACUUAAUUUUGCCCCAGUGCAUGUGUGGAUACGGGGGCCACCUUGUUUCCAUGGUGCUAAACAACUGUAGCAUUCCGAUUGUGUAUUACUGUACCCAGCACUUCAAUAUACAGUCAGACCUGGAGGCCCGGAAUGUCCGUAUUGGGCUAAGGCAGGGAAUCUCAAACUUGGUCCCCCAGCUGUUGCUGAACUACAACUCCCAUCUUCCCCAGUUGUGGCUGGGGAUGAUGGGCGCUGUAGUUCAGCAACAUCUGAGGACUCAAAUUUGGGAGCCCUAGGACUAAGGAGAGGACAUGAGGACGGGAUACCUGGGUUCUGUCCUCGGCUCUGGCAGGGAGGUAAUGCCUACUAGUUAGAACAGGGUGAGUGGGGGAAAGGGUUCUGUCCUCAGCUCUGGGAGGGGAAUGAGGUGCAGUGAGGGAGAUUUGGGAAUCUGGACUUUGGGGUCCUGUUCCCAAUACCGCUCCAUCUGACUUCUUCCCCAGGGUACUUCCUACUGUAAAACUGGGAUCAUAGUGGAAGCUGUGUGUACUUUGCACUUUUAAACUAAGAUAACUCUGCUGCAAACAAAAACAAGCAUUUGACCUCUGUGUAAAUUGUUGCAAAUUUGCAUAUGGUGGCUUAUUUUGCAUAAUUUAUUCUGCUUCUGAGGGGCAAGGAGCCUCAGGGCCCUGCCCCCUUGCUGCUUUACCACCCUUACCUCUUUGCCCAGCUUCUGAAACGUCACCAGGUCUUACCCACUACACCUCCAAGUCUAUUUUUUCCACCUUAAGGGCUAGAAACUUGCUUUUCCCAAAAGGACAGAAAAGAGGCUUUGAUUCUUUGGAUGCUGGCUUUUGUACGCAAUAGCAAUUUCAUUCUUUUGCACUUUGGGCUCUUGUUACACACAGCCCUGAAAAUAAUACUUACCUACCUCAAGGGAUGCUGUUAUAAAAUGAAAUGAAUGAGAGAGUGUAAAGAUAAAUUGAAGUAUUUUUUUGCAGCAUGAACUGAAGGACUUGUUGUUGGGCAAAGUAUUGUUAUUGUGAUGAAUAAUAAUAAUUAAUAUUAUCUAUCUAUUAUCUUCUGUAAAUAACAACCAGGAGCUUUAAUUUAUGGAAUUGUGUAAAUAUCGACCUGCAGUUUGUUUUUAUGCACCAUUGAGGCAAUGGCUUUUUGCAUUUUUUUAAAAAAACAAUCCUUUUUCUAUUUUAAAAAAUGUUUUUAAAAAAUCGAAUAAUUAAAAAUAAUAAAAUGAUAUGAUUAAUGGAAA